GAGAAUUACGAUGACCCACAUAAAACGCCAGCCUCCCCAGUUGUCCACAUCAGGGGCCUGAUAGAUGGCGUGGUGGAAGCCGACCUCGUGGAGGCCCUCCAGGAGUUUGGACCCAUCAGCUAUGUGGUGGUGAUGCCCAAGAAGAGGCAGGCGCUUGUAGAGUUCGAGGAUGUGUUGGGGGCUUGCAACGCUGUGAACUACGCAGCCGACAACCAAAUCUACAUCGCUGGUCAUCCAGCUUUUGUCAACUAUUCGACCAGCCAGAAGAUCUCCCGCCCCGGGGACUCAGAUGACUCCCGCAGCGUCAACAGCGUGCUGCUCUUCACUAUCCUGAAUCCCAUCUACUCCAUCACCACGGAUGUUCUCUACACGAUCUGUAACCCUUGUGGCCCUGUCCAGAGAAUUGUUAUUUUCCGGAAGAAUGGAGUCCAGGCCAUGGUGGAAUUUGACUCGGUGCAGAGUGCUCAGCGGGCCAAGGCCUCUCUCAAUGGGGCUGACAUCUACUCUGGCUGCUGCACUCUGAAGAUCGAAUAUGCCAAGCCUACACGCUUGAAUGUGUUCAAGAAUGACCAGGAUACUUGGGAUUACACAAACCCCAACCUCAGUGGACAAGGUGACCCUGGCAGCAACCCUAACAAACGCCAGAGACAGCCCCCCCUUCUGGGAGAUCACCCCGCAGAAUAUGGUGAGGGCAGGGGGUUCCCCUCCGUGGACUCCCGUGGCUCAUGUGCCCCUGCCCGUCGCCCGCCACGAAAAUUCUCACCCGUCCCCCCUCUCUUUCCUUCCCACCCCCCAGGAGGGCCCCACGGUGGGUAUCACAGCCAUUAUCAUGAUGAGGGCUACGGGCCUCCCCCGCCUCACUACGAAGGGAGACGCAUGGGCCCACCAGUGGGGGGUCACCGUCGGGGCCCUAGCCGUUAUGGCCCCCAGUAUGGGCAUCCCCCACCCCCUCCCCCACCACCCGAAUAUGGCCCCCACGCCGACAGCCCUGUGCUCAUGGUCUAUGGCUUGGACCAGUCUAAGAUGAACUGUGAUCGAGUCUUCAACGUCUUCUGCUUGUACGGCAAUGUGGAGAAGGUGAAAUUCAUGAAAAGCAAGCCAGGGGCUGCCAUGGUAGAAAUGGCUGAUGGCUAUGCUGUAGACCGGGCCAUCACCCACCUCAACAACAACUUCAUGUUCGGGCAGAAACUGAAUGUCUGUGUCUCCAAGCAACCAGCCAUCAUGCCUGGGCAGUCGUACGGGCUAGAAGACGGCUCCUGCAGUUACAAAGACUUCAACGGCUCCAGGAACAAUCGCUUCUCCACCCCAGAGCAGGCAGCCAAGAAUCGCAUCCAGCACCCCAGCAACGUGCUGCAUUUCUUCAACGCCCCCCUGGAGGUGACCGAGGAGAACUUCUUUGAGAUCUGUGACGAGCUGGGAGUGAAGAGGCCCUCCUCUGUGAAGGUGUUUUCAGGCAAAAGUGAACGCAGCUCCUCUGGGCUGCUGGAGUGGGAGUCCAAGAGCGAUGCCCUGGAGACACUGGGCUUCCUGAACCAUUACCAGAUGAAAAACCCAAAUGGGCCAUACCCGUACACCCUGAAGUUGUGCUUCUCCACUGCUCAGCACGCCUCCUAAUAGAUGCCCAGGAAGAGUUCUGUCUGAGCAGGAAAACAUUGUUCUUUUUUUGCGGUUUCUUUGGUUUUGUUUUAUUUCCUUUUGCAAAUGUUCUUGUAUUCCUUUUUUAAUACUAGGUUUAGAGAGGCUUAACCAUAACAGCAACGCUGGAUGUCUGGAGGGGGCGGGGGAGGGGGACGGAAUCUCCCAAGAUUAACCUUCACUUUUUGGAAAUGACUGUACAUGUGAUUUUUUUUUUUCCCCUCGUUCAUACAUUUGUGCUGCCCAUGUACUCUUGGCACAUUUCAAUAAAAUUGUUUGGGAAAUACA